CAACCGAAGGAAACAGCUGAAAAAUGGAAAACUAUCCGCUUGCCAGCGAUAAUAUCGGCCAAAAAUGGCAAAAUGAUGAGCUAAUGUCUCAGCUCGAGGAGGAAGCCAAGAAGGGAUACAAACCAGUCGCCGUAAAAGACGUGAUUUUCUCGAAAAUGGAGGAGCCCUUGCUUGAUGUAACUCCUGUCAAGCUUGGCGCUGCCAAUUUCAAGGAAAAUGAGGAUAUAAUGAAACAAACUAAAGCCAUGAUGCAGCAUUGUAUGUUCCAAAUAAACCGAAUGGAGCACCUGCUCGAAAAAGCCGGUCUGCAGAACAUUAUCUACUACGCGGUGCAGCGCAAGGACCUGCACGCUCAAAGCCAAAUAAAGCUCUUAAAAGAUCAAGACAUUCUCGAAUUACGCAACAUCGUUCAACAAUUUCGUCAGGAAAAGGGCUUAAAAUACGAGGCCGAGAAGACGGUAGGCGCUAUAGAACAAGAACUAAGUGAGCUGGAUCGCCAGUGGUUGAUUUCAAUUAUAAGUAUCACUGAUAUUCGUAAGCAGAAAAAAGUCAGCAUCGUUCAGAUGAGCAAUUUGAUCAACGAACUCCAGAUAGAGCUUCCGAAAAAUCCAUUUACUUCGGACUUUCUCAACAACCUUUUGUUUAAGAACACGCGACGAUCCAAUUUAGAUAAUUGCAUGGAGGAUGUGCCAGAUUUGGAAUCUCCGACGCUAAACCAGUUUAUAGAGACGGUUGAAGAUUUUCUUUUACAAUUGAGAGAACUAGAAUUCUUGGAGCUAUUGGAGGAACAAAUGGAGGACGCCUUAGCAGAAUUUGAAGAAGACGAGUAUUCAGAUGAGGAGUACGAGGACGAAACGGAGGAUGACGAUGAAGGAUUUGAGGAGGAUGAGGUAGAAGAAGAUCAAGGGCAAGAGAAUGAGGAAGAGGAAAAGGAAGUUGAGAAUUCUGAACCUAUGUUAAUUCCGGUAGUGGAGGAAUUUGAAAUGGAAUCCGGAUCAGACGAUAAGAAAUCUGGGAACGAGCCAUCAGGAGAGAAAGAUCCAAAUGAGCAGGACGUAAAUGUAGAUGAGAUUAAAUCCAAAUCAGAUGAACAGAAAUUGGUUGAAUUGGUGGGCAACUUGUCCGUCACCCCAAAAAAACGGCAAGAAUGCGAGAUCACGCCUGAUAAAAGCUUCAAUAGCGACGAUAUACCAACUACCUCCAACGGCAUUCUUAACAGUUUUACUAAAAGCCAACUGUUAAAAAACAAUAUAGAUCUAGAAGUCUACGAGCCAACACCCAAUAAGCGCCUCAAACUGGAGGAAGAGGAGUUCUCAAUGCCUGAGUUCUUUAAGCAGCCAUGAAGACCAUUAUACUCUUCAAGUAACAAUAUCAACGAUGACAACUUUCUAAGCUUUAGCGAUGAUAACGAUCUCACACUUACUGGCAGAAAUUAAUUUGGGUAUUAAAAAAACGAAUGCAGAAGUAGUUUACAUACACACACGAAACUGAAUUUGAUCUUUUGGAAAUUUCACAGAAUAUGUUAUGUGUAACCUUAAAACUAAAAAAGACUGAAUUUAAAUUUUUAAAACAUGAUAAAGAACUAAUAAAAC